AUGUCAGGUCGACCUGGUCCUGGGUCCCAACAAGCAACCCGGCCAACAAUCAAGUUGGAUAGACCCUCGCAAGGUGAAGCUUUACCCUCCACUUUACCUGAUCAUCAGUAUCUUUCACGUAAUCCCUCGAGAAAUCCCACAUCGAACUCCUCUCGACACCUAUCCUCGUCCCAAUCUAGAAUUAGAAGAUCGUCCACACACAGACCGUCCGAGGCUAUUGAUUUGACGCAGAAGCACAAAGGGAAAGGAAAAGCUGCCGAACCUAUAGAUUUGACUUUAACGGAUACGGACGAAGAGGAAGAAGUAGAAGAGAUGGACAAAGCGAAGCUGCAAGGCAGUUUAGGAUCGAUAGUGCUCGUGGACAAGGAUGGACGGCCUGUAGAAGGGAAGGGAAAGCGGACAGAUCCACCCACCAAGACUUCCCCUGGACAUCCAUCAUCAAUCAUAUCUGGGCAACUCAGGAAGGAUGGAAGGGUAUCCUCAAGCCAGGCUCAUCUUGUAGGUUAUCGCAGCAGCGCUUCGUCAAUGUUGGCUAGGAAAUCUUUCGACGCCCGUGGAUUGGAUCGACGCCAAGCUAUCGACCUGUGUUCCAACUCGUCUCGCUCCGCAUCGCCUGAAGUGCUUCAAUCAAAAUUGAUCAAUGAUGGGAUUGCCAAACUUCCACCUAGAGAUGAUUCAGUGAAACCCACUUUGUCGCAGGCUAACAAUUUCAAACAACGCAAUUUUACCAAAUCGGCCUCAUCCCAAUGCAUCAACCUCCAACGAGCCGACGUUGCUCGUUCUCCUUCCACUUCUAGAACCGCUGUCAAUCUCAACAAAGCUGUAUCCUGCCCGCCAAGAAAAGUGAAGAAGAUGCCCAAACAGCCCAUGGAGCAUAGAAUGUCAAGGGAGGAAUGGGAAGCUGCAAUCACCGAACGAGUGAAGAAGAUGGAUGCUGAGAAAAUACACAGAGAUUCACGAACACCAUCCUCGCAGAGGACAUCACCUCAGGCUUCAAGGAGAUCAGCCUCAAAGGAAUCUUCAACUCUGAUAGCACAAGCUCAUAGAGCCAUGGAUGAAUCACCAUUAAGGAAAUCUAUUCCGCUUCCGAAAGUGGAAAACUCAUCUUCCAAGAGAUCUCCCCCUCAGACAUCUCUCUCACAAAGUCCUACAAAAUCCCUCUCCUUCUCCCAGAACCAAGCUCAGGGAAAGCUCAAAUCACUUAUGAAACCCCUUACACAGCCGCAGAUCGUCGUACAGUCUCCUCAAGAUUCCUUCGCUUCUAGACUCAAUGCUGAAGCUGGUCCUUCGAAACCCACACAAUCUCCCGUCAAGUCCAAGCACUUUCCAGCCCAUCAAGUGGGCAACAACGAACGCCCGUAUCGACCUAAACAUGCUCCUAACCCCGAGUUGCAGUCCAGAAAGCCAUCCAGGGAGAGACCACAACCUGGAGCAUACACUUUACCGCCUGUGGAAACGAGUAUACAUGAUUGGCCUCGAACGCAGAGUACGCAUAGUGCUGGAGGAUCGAAAAAGACAGAUAUAACGAAUCAACCUAGAAUACAGGAGAAGGGUAAACAGAAUCAAUCGAUUUCACCUCAAAGAAGGAUCCAACCAGAUCAACUAUCAAAAUCAUCAUCUGCACAUAAGUCUACUCCCGACAUCUCCUCCACAAAAUUGUCGACAAAAUCACAUAACACUAAGCAGGAUGAUGCCAAUUCGCGAAAUCCAAAUUCAACUUCUUCCUCCCUCACUCCUCUGUCCAGCCCCAUCUCGCCAUCAAGAGUGUAUCGGAACAAUGAGGAAGCACGAUAUAAACCUUCGCCUGUCAAAUCGCUCAGUGCAAGUCCAGUGAAAGGUAAACCGUUCCCUAGGUUGUUUGGCGACGAGACGCCUUUGUCCAAGGUGUCAACUCCCAAGAAUGAUAAUAGCGCGCUAAAACAACACGGUGGGAAGGAUAGUAAGGAGUCUACUGCGGAUGCUGAGGAUAUUUUUGCGGAAUUUGCCGAUUUCGAAUGGGCUGCCAGCGAUGAAGAAGCUCCUGAGAAAGGUUCUGACUUGGUCCAGGGUCCAUCAGAUCUAGCAAAAGACGUCGAACCUGCUGAACAGAAACAACAUUCCAAUGACAGCAAAUCUUCGUCUCUUACCAAAUAUGUACCAGCUACAAGCUUACACAAACAACCCUCAUCCUCUCAAACCAAGCUCGCAACGCAAUCUGAACCUGUGCAAACUUCACCUACAACCCCUCGAUCAUCGCAAAAACGAUCUCGACCCUCUACGUCACCCACCGAGUCGCGUAAACGGAGGCAUAUCUCUGAAAAGUAUAGCAAGUUCCUGGAAGAAGAACGCAUCAGGGUGGAAAAGGAGAAGGAGGAAGAGAGGGAGAAGGAAAGGCAGCUGGAGAAUGAAGCUCAAGAUCUGUUGGGGAAGAAGCAGCAUGAAGGGGAUGAGGAGGAUGGUGGAGGUGAUCUGGAUGGGUUCCUUGAUAAUAUCGCUCCCAGAUCACCUGUCAAACCCAACAUGAGGUCUGCCAUCCAGUCUCGCCAGGAAUCACGAAAAGCCCAGAUUGAAGAAGCCAAAGCUGCACGACGAAAAGCCAAAUUCGAAGCUAUCCAACAAUCCGCCAAAGCUGAAAGACUCAAAACCAAGAAGCUUGAAGAUCAGAAAUUCAGAAGUAUACUUAGAGUGAUCAACAAGAAUAAAGAUGUUAAUGAUUUUCUCGAAGAGCAUCAACAGCAAAGACAAGGUGAAGAUGCAUAUCCCACUCCGGAAACCGAAUGGGAUGACGGUGAUGAUUCUCCUUUAUCUGAUUUAUCCGAUCUGGAUGAUCUAGAAGAUAUAAAGAUGGAAUUGGACCACUCGUUUGAUAUUGAUGUAGCUUUGGAUGGUUUGGAGGAGGAGGAUGGGUUUAACGACGUAGUUGAAGAACUAAGGAAAGAGGGUGUAGGACUGGAUGAUAGUUUGAUCAGGGAUGCUAAAGCCAGUAUGACCACUUCGAAAGAUAGGAGAGAUCAAGGUUUGACUUGGGAAGGGUUCUGGGAGAAAGAACCUAUGCGACCCGAAGAGAAGGACAAGAAGCGAGUCGUACCCUUCGAGAUCGAUACGCAUGACCCGAUGCUGCAAACAAUCUGCGAGAUGACUUGCCAGCCGGAUCCAGAUCUGGAGAGUUUGGGUCAUAUUAUGUCUUCGGGAAUGAUGGUAUUUGUAGAGAAAGACAGAAGGGAGCUGGCAAAGGCUUUAUUCAGUAAUGCUAUCUCAUCAUCCGACCCCGAUUGGUCUGCAAUCGCUCGAACGUGCUUCAGUGAUAUGCUACGGAUGGAUGAAUACCUCCGCCGGGAAGAUCUCAAAUAUCUACUUGGACUUGGGAUCAGACUCCUGUUGCACUUAGGUGCUAGAAGAUCGAUCUUUUCCAAUUUGAAUGAAGAUCUCGGACAAAUCGAGGAUGAAGGUGGGAUAAUGAUUGGACGAGAAGAAGCCUGCGGCAUGAUUUGUAGGAUACUCAUGGCGGACGCCAACCGGUCGAACGAUAUCAUCCACUACCAAACAGACCCCAGCGGAUCCAUCAAGCCUCAGAACGUAGGAUCGGUACCGAUACUCCUGCUCAUGUCGAUCGAUAGUUCCACUUCGUCAGCUCUGAAACGAACCAUAAGAGAGGCAAUCCAAGUCCUUUUGGAGAAGUCGGUCCAUGAGGUCGGAAAUAUGGUCCAACUUGGAUAUUCCAUCACACGAGCUAUUGUCGAUGCUUCCACCCAACAUUCGAACGCAGUCAAAGUUGCUAUACUUGAUUCACUCGGUCAGAAGAGUAAUGAAAGCAGGAUGCUGUACAGGUGGUUAGCUAUGGAAUGGCUUUUACCUGGCACCCUUGCCAAGGUGGAAACGAUGGAUAAGAGGCCGUUGGUCCCACCUAUCCCCUUUUUACUCUUAUCAAUCGAUAAUAUAUCAGAUCUAAUCAAACCUCCUUCAAAUCCAACUAGUGAAGAGAAGAUCGAACCUGAUUGGAGUGAAAUUAACUUGCUCGUUACGUUUCUCUAUGGAUCCAUGUCGGAUAUCGAUACGCUCCUUAGAGAACUCAAUAUGUCGUUUAGCAAUGAACAGACAAGUGGGAUCUACGGUGAGAGAUCAAUUAAGGAUUUGAUGCAGGAUUGCGAGAUUGAGAGAGUCAGAGAAGAAUUAAGAAGAUGUAGAGACCUGAUAUCUGAUCAAUCGAAUGGUACGCUGAAAAGUACAGUGAAAGCUCGAUUACAUCAAUUAUAUGAGAUAACUCGAUUAACCUUGAUGUUAAGUAUCACAAAGAAGGUUAGAGCGAAGAGGUUAGGGAAAGGUUUGAAAGUAGGCAAUGUCAGAGGUCAGGCCCAAUUGGAUUUUACCGUCAAACCUGUUGAUAAGAAGGAGCCGAAGGUGACACCAAGCGUCGAAUGA